UCCCAGGCUGCGCUCCUAGAGGCGGCCGCCAGGGCAGAGCAAUACAAGAGCAGGCGGGGCCGGGGGCGGGCGGAGGCGGAGGCGGCUUUCCGUGGGAUGAGCCUGGCUUCUGGGAGGCGGUAUAAAAACGUCGGCGCCUUUCCCUGCCGCGCUGCAACGUACUCGGAUCUUAGCUGCAGCGUUCUCGGUUUCUCCCGCGCUGCUCUCGGCUUGAGCUCUGCGCCCCCUGCCUUGGUCUAUGGUGCUUCCCGGAGCCCCCGGCACCGUCAUGUCGCGCUCGGAGGAGGUGCAUCGGAUCACCGAGAAUGUCUACAAGACUAUAAUGGAGCAGUUCAACCCCAGCCUCCGGAACUUCAUUUCCAUGGGGAAGAACUAUGAAAAAGCCUUGGCAGGUGUGACUUUUGCAGCAAAAGGAUACUUUGAUGCUCUGGUUAAAAUGGGAGAAUUGGCCAGCGAAAGUCAAGGAUCUAAGGAACUGGGAGAGGUUCUGUUCCAAAUGGCCGAAGUCCACAGACAGAUUCAGAAUCAGUUGGAAGAGAUGCUGAAGUCCUUCCACAACGAGCUACUAACACAACUGGAACAGAAAGUAGAACUGGAUUCACGAUAUCUAAGUGCUGCUCUGAAGAAGUACCAAACUGAGCAAAGGAAUAAGGGGGAUUCGCUAGAGAAGUGCCAGGCUGAACUGAAGAAGCUCCGGAAGAAGAGCCAAGGGAGCAAGAAUCCUCAAAAAUACUCUGACAAGGAGCUGCAGUUCAUUGAAGCCAUCACCAACAAGCAAGGCGAGCUGGAGAACUACGUCUGCGAUGGAUACAAGAUGGCACUCACAGAAGAGAGGCGAAGAUUCUGUUUCCUGGUAGAGAAGCAGUGCGCUGUGGCCAAGAACGCCCUCACCUACCACUCUAAGGUGAGCAAGGGAAAGAACAUCUUGGCGCAGAAACUCCCUGUGUGGCAGCAGUCCUGCUCCGAUCCCAACAAGAUUCCAGACCGCGCUAUCCAGCUCAUGCAGCAAAUUGGCCAUCAGCAGCAAUGGGACCAUCAUGCCCAGCCCCCCUCUUCUACGUCCAAGUCAAACCUCAUCAUCUCAGACCCUAUCCCUGGUGGCCAACCACUCCCUGUCCCACCAGAGCUGGCACCUUUUGUAGGACGAAUGUCUGCACAAGAGACCAUUCCAGUAAUGAUUGUCUCCAGCUCAGAAGGUGAAGAGUACAACCACUGGUCCGACAGGAAGCCUCCUCAGCCUAAGUCCUUAUCCCCACCCCAAACUCAGAAGCAGCUGGCGACUCCUAUUCAUAAUACGCUUCCCGUGCGCAAAAGUGUUAUGCCGAAAAACAGCUACGCAACCACUGCUGGAAACAAGACUCUGCCCCGUUCCAGCUCCAUGGCAGCAGGGCUGGAAAGAAACGGCCGGACAAGAGUACGAGCCAUAUUCUCUCUCACGCUGCCGGGGGAUAACACCACCCUGCUGAGCUAGGAAGGAGACCUCAUUACGUUGCUAGUGCCUGAGGCCAGAGACGGUGGCACUAACGGAGAGAGCGAGAAGACAAAUUGAGAGGCUGGUUUUCCUUUCUCCUACACACGUGUGCUGGACAGUGAUGGAGCGAAAGAUUUUAUCUAUUUCUUCAGCCAAGGGAAAAGCAGUAGCACAGGAAACCUGCUGGACAAAGAUGACAUCCCCCCUCCAGAUUACAGCAUGUCUUCCCGAGCUUUCCAGUCGCAGAAUGUCAACACCUUCAAACAGAGGCCGUACAGCGUGGCAGUGCCUGCUUUUGCCCAGGGACUGGAUGACUAUGGAGCAAGACCCUCAAGCAGCGGCAGUGGCACUUUGGUAUCAACAGUGUGAGAGAAG